AUGAAAAAAAUAAUUAUUUCUAUUUUCUUUAUAUUUUUUAUUUCUAAAAUUUAUUCAUAUGGACCAGAUUUGGUAUACUACAACAGAUCAUAUAUUGAAUUUGAAACAAAAUAUCCACAAACCAUUCAUUAUACCUUAUGUGAAGAUCGUGAUUGUAAAAUUAUAAAAGAGAUAUAUCCAGUAAUAUGCAGCAUUGAAAAAUGUGUUAUGGAAUUAAAUGAAACUCAGAUAAAAAAUUUUUAUGGAAAUAAUAUGCUAAGAUUGGUUAAUCAUUAUUAUUAUCGUGAGGAAUAUAAUUUUAUUGCCUCUUCUAGCUUUAUGUAUGCAAUAAAUUAUGCUCUCUCUGAAUUACCAUCGACUGAAGGUGGUAAAGCUCAACUUACUGGUAAUUAUUUAAGACAUUAUGUUAAUGAUUAUUACACUGUGGAAGGAUUUCAAAGAGGUAAAUCAUUUAAUCUUGAUGUUGAUAGAGAGAAUUUUGACCCUGAAAAUUUAACUCUAAAUUUCCCACCUGGUUAUGGAAGUUUUAUAUUGCAUCUUGAUAAAACUUAUAGAAUAUCAAUGUUAUUAAACUAUGCCCCUCCUUGUAUAUCUCAAUGUAUCUAUAAAGACUCAAAGAUCACAUUAAACGGUUUUAAUUUUUACAAUAACCAAUCACUUGCUCAGGUUUAUAUUAAUGGAGAAAAAGUUUCAAUUAUUUCAAUAGAUCAUCGUUUAUUAAAACUUGACUAUUAUUUUAUUGAUUAUUCUCAAAGAUUAAAUAUAAAAAUAAUUAUUGGGGAUAUUUCAUCAAAAAAUAACUAUACUUGUGAUAUAAAACCACAACCUGUUUCGAUUACUACAACUGUAUCAACUUCAAAAUAUAAUAGUGGUAUAAUUACAAUUUCUGGAAAUUAUAUGUCAUCAUCUCAAACAUCAAGUACAAAUGUAUCUUUAAUCAGUAGUGAAAAUAAAAGCUAUAAUUGUGAAUAUAUAUCAUCAACAAAAUCUCAUAUAGUUUGUUUAUUGGAACCUGGUGAAGGAUUAAUAAAUAAGGUUAAAAUUAAAAUAGGUGAUGUUGAAAGUUUAACUGAAAUGAACUUUAAAUUUGGUGUCCCUCAAUUUACAUCAACAAAUGCAAUUCAAAUUGAUAGAACAAACGAAUUUUCAUUGACAGGUAUUAACUUUGGUAAUAUUAACGAUAAAAAUGGUACAGUUAAACUUUUAAUUGAUGGAAAUGAAAAUAAAGAAAUAAUAACAACAUCAAUAAGUAAUGAUGAAACUAAAUUAUCAUUUAAAUUACCAAAUAUAUGUGAAACAUCUGUAAAACUAUCAAUUGAAGUCAAUGGUGCUAUUUCAAAUAAUAGUAUAAUUAUAAAACCACAACCUACAUUUAUAUCGGUUCCAUCAAGACCAUUAACAAAUGGAUCAUCAUUACAUAUUGAUAAAUACUUUUCAUGUAAAGAUAAAAUUGUAAAACCAUCUAUUACUGUUGAUAGUUCUAAUAAUCAUAUUGAUUGUACUAUAAUUUCAAAUCUUGCAAGUUGUAAUGUUGGUGUUGGAACUGGUAAACAUUCAUUUAAAUUUUAUGAAGAUGGUAUUGAAAAAAUCGAUUCAUUAUUUCAAUAUGCACCACCAACAAUUGUAUCACAUAAUGUCAAUGGGUUAAAAACAAUUACAUUAACUGGUUAUAACUUUGGUAUUGAUUCAUCAAAAUGUAAUUUAAUAUUUGCAAAUAAAAAUGUAACAUGUAAAGUUAUCAGUGAUACAACUAUAACAUUCAAUACAAGUUCACAAUAUGAUUAUGGUAAUGUUAGUCUUAUAAUCGAUAGUAUUCCAAUGUCAAAUGAAAACUAUAAAAUAAUGCUAAACUUUGAAAACAAGGAACCCGAUAACAAAAGUAGUCCAUUGAAGAAAAUAUUAAUCCCAACACUUGUCGGAGGUUUUGCAUUGUGUACCGCUGCAUUUAUUGGUUAUAAAUAUAGAGAAAAUAUAUUUAAAAAAAUUAAUAAACUUAAAAAUGGCAAAUCAAAUGUAUAA